GGCUGCGCUGCCUGCAGUCCGCGGGGCGGGCGGAUGGGUCCGUGAGUCCGACUGCUGUGAAUCCUCGCUUCCAUCCCUGCACUGUGCGCUAUGAACCCAGGCCCAUCCACACUCCUCUAACCACUCUCCUCAAGCCCUCUCCUUGGGAGCAGUUGGAAGGUGGAAGCGAAUAGGGUUUGGGAGGAGGCAGGGAUCCCCAUUAACCCAUGUCCUGGGCUGUAGAGUAACAGCCAGGAUGGGCAGGUGGGGCCUUGGGGAAGGGGCAGCAUGGUGCCCGGAGCUUCCUGGUCUGUGGACCCCACCCGCAUAUCCCGACCCUUUGCAAAGCAGGGAUAGAAGGGGUAAGGGCGCGAGGGCAGGCCGGGAUAACGUCUGCUCCUGCGCCGCCGUCCCACGGGCAUCCCCCCGUGUGUGCCCAGUUGUUCCCGAAGCUUUAGGAUCCAAGACGCUGGGGGCAACCAUUUUCCUUGCCCGCCGCCCCCUCACGCUUCCCUGCCUCUCCUCCUAGCCUAGUCACGGGCUGUCCCCUCCCCCAGCAAUGCAACCCUAUAAUAAACAAGUCUUUCCUUGAUCCUCCCCUGCCGCGAGCGCCCUCGGGGACCUUGGCAGCUGCUGCCGCCGCGGAUCCUUUCCAGAAAGGGGGCGUGGCGGUGGGUCGGGGUUCGACUGAGAGCUUUCUGGGGCUUAAUGGAGGCGGGGCCCGGCCGCUGUCACCGGGCAGGAGAGAACGUUGCUUACGUGCGCCCGAAGUCCAUUGGCCAAGGCGGGCCACACUCCCGGGUCUGGAUUGGGUGGUGGCGCAGAGAAGGCGUGGCCUCGCCGCGCUAGUCCUUAUAGGCUGCUCCGCACCGGUGCUAGGGAGCAGCAGGCCAAGGGGGAGGUGCGAGUGUGGAGCUGGGACGGGUCUGGGCAGCUCUCGGUGGUUGGCACCGGUUCGCACACCCAUUCAAGCGGCAGGACGCACUUGUCUUAGGAGUUCCCGCUGACCGCGCUAGCUGCGGCUUCUACGCUCCGGCACUCUGAGUUCAUCAGCAAACGCCCUGGCGUCUGUCCUCACCAUGCCUAGCCUUUGGGACCGCUUCUCGUCGUCGUCCACCUCCUCUUCGCCCUCGUCCUUGUCCCGAACUCCCACCCCAGAUCGGCCGCAGCGCUCAGCCUGGGGGUCGGCGGCCCGGGAGGAGGGGUUUGACCGCUCCACGAGCCUGGAGAACUCGGACUGCGAGUCCCUGGACAGCAGCAACAGUGGCUUCGGGCCGGAGGAAGACUCGGCUUACCUGGAUGGAGUGUCGUUGCCCGACUUCGAGCUGCUCAGUGACCCUGAGGAUGAACACCUGUGUGCCAACCUGAUGCAGCUGCUGCAGGAGAGCCUGGCCGAGGCGCGGCUGGGCUCUCGGCGCCCUGCGCGCCUGCUGAUGCCUGGCCAGCUGGUAAGCCAGGUGGGCAAAGAACUAUUGCGCCUGGCCUACAGCGAGCCGUGCGGCCUGCGGGGGGCGCUGCUGGACGUCUGUGUGGAGCAGGGCAAGAGCUGCCACAGCGUGGGCCAGCUGGCACUCGACCCCAGCCUGGUGCCCACCUUCCAGCUGACCCUUGUGCUGCGCCUGGACUCACGACUCUGGCCCAAGAUCCAGGGGUUGUUUAGCUCCGCUAACUCUCCCUUCCUCCCUGGCUUCAGCCAGUCCCUGACGCUGAGCACUGGCUUCCGAGUCAUCAAGAAGAAGCUGUACAGCUCGGAACAAUUGCUCAUUGAGGAGUGUUGAACUUCAACCUGCGGGGGCCGACAGUGCCCCCCAAGGCAGAGACGACUGAACUUUUGGGGUGGAGACUAGAGGCAGGAGCUGAGGGACUGAUUCCUAUGGUUGGAAAACUGAGGCGGCCACCUAAGCUGGAGGUGGGGGAACAGUGUUUCCCAGGAAGCUCAUUGAGUUGUGUGCAGGUGGCUGUGCAUUGGGGACACAUACUCCUCAGUACUGUAGCAUGAAACAAAGGCUUAGGGGCCAACAAGGCUUCCAGCUGGAUGUGUGUGUAGCAUGUACCUUAUUAUUUUUGUUACUGACAGUUAGCAGUGUGACAGCCAGAGAGCAGCUGGGCUGCUCCCGCCUCGGCCUGGCCCAGGGUGAAGGGGCACGUGCUCCUCAGAGCAGCCGGAGGGAGGGGGGAGGUCGUGGCGGUGGUUUGUGUAUCUUACUGGUCUGAAGGGACCAAGUGUGUUUGUUGUUUGUUUUGUAUCUUGUUUUUCUGAUCGGAGCAUCACUACUGACCUGUUGUAGGCAGCUAUCUUACAGACGCAUGAAUGUAAGAGUAGGAAGGGGUGGGUGUCAGGGAUCACUUGGGAUCUUUGACACUUGAAAAAAUACACCUGGGAGCUGCGUUCAAACCUUCCCCCAUCGUGUACUGCGGAGUUGAGCUGGGAGGGGAGGGGCUGAGAGGGUGGGGGCUGGAACCCCUCCCCGGGAGGAGUGCCAUCUGGGUCUUCCAUCUAGAACUGUUUACAUGAAGAUAAGAUACUCACUGUUCAUGAAUACACUUGAUGUUCAAGUAUCAAGACCUAUGCAAUAUUUUUUACUUUUCUAAUAAACAUGUUUGUUAAAACA